GCUUGAACCUUUUUUUUUUUUGAGACAGGGACUCAGUUUGUAGUUCAAGCUGUCCUUGAACUCUAUGGAGUUCAGUGUGGCUUUGAACUCUGAUCCUCCUGCCUCAUCCUCCUGAGUGCUAAGAUUACAGAUGUACACCACAACGCCCAGCUAUCCUUUAUUGUUUUUCUAAGAGCUUUGGAACGUACUUUUGUCUUCCCAGUUUUGCUUUCAUAGUACUUGAAAAGUAGGCCCCAGUCUACAUAAUGAGUUCAAGGAUAACCUGAACUACAGAGCAAGACUGUCGCAAAAAGAAAAAAAAAAAGUAGGCCCAAGUAGUCUUCCAUUCUGUUGUUCCCCCCACCACUCCUUAGCUUCAAGAAAGUUAUCAGGUAUCCAGUAAGGGGGACAGAUCUCCUUCCAGGACUCACCUCAGGCCAGUCACCCUAUGGAAAAUCCACUGUCCUCCUGAGCCCGCCCCCACAUGCCAGGGUUUUUCUUUUGGGCAAACCUGCUCCUUGGGAGGGGAGGUGGCAAAACCUGUUUGAAGAUGAGGCUGCCUCCCUUCCACACCUCCCUCUUUCAUGGAGGCCAGAGCCACAACAGCUGGGCCAGAAAAGCUUCCGGAAGGGCUGGGGGCUUGUUCAAGAGAGGCUGGAAGACUUGUGAAGAUGGGGUCUACACAAGAGACCAGAAAAAAGACUCCAGCCCUCGGGGUUAGGGAGCGUGCAGAAGAGGCAGAGCCAGGAGCAGCCCUGAGACUUGGGGAACUAGAGCUGAAGGAAGAAUGGCAAGAUGAAGAAUUCCCUAGACUGCUUCCUGAGGAGGUUGGCCUUUCUGAAGAGCCUGAAGAUGCUCAGAGAGACCCACAGGCAGCCACCCCCAGCACUCUAGCCCUGUGCGGCCAGCGCCCCAUGCGGAAGCGUCUGUCUGCCCCGGAUCUGAAGCCGAACCUGCUGGAGGGGCCUGGAGAGAAGGAGGCUUCUCCCACCCACUCCACAGCUUCCUCUUCCGACGGCAGCUCGGACCUGGACGUGGACGAACUGGAGACGCCUUCAGACUCAGAGCAGCUGGACAGUGGGCAUGAGUUUGAAUGGGAAGAUGACCUGCCCCGGGCAGAAGUCCUGGGGGCCAGCGAGGCAGCCGAAAGGCUGGGCCGGGGCUGUGUAUGGGAUGUGGCUGGAGAAAAUGGUCAUCGCUGGAGGGUGUUCCGAACAGGACAGCGGGAGCAACGCGUGGACAUGACCGUCAUCGAGCCCUAUAAGAAAGUCCUGUCUCACGGAGGUUACCAUGGUGAUGGCCUCAAUGCUGUCAUCCUCUUUGCUUCCUGUUAUUUACCCCGGAGCAGCAUUCCCAACUACACCUACGUCAUGGAACACUUGUUUAGGUAUCUGGUGGGGACCCUGGAACUGCUGGUGGCUGAAAAUUAUCUGCUCGUUCACUUGAGCGGAGGCACAAGCAGGGCCCAGGUGCCGCCUCUGGGCUGGAUCCGCCAGUGUUACCGCACCCUGGACCGGCGGCUCCGGAAAAACCUACGAGCCCUGUUGGUUGUUCAUGCUACAUGGUAUGUGAAGACGUUUCUGGCAUUGCUUCGGCCCUUCAUCAGUUCCAAGUUCACACGGAAGAUCCGAUUUGUGGACAGCCUGGGGGAGUUAGGCCGGCUCAUCUGCCUAGACCAACUUCACAUCCCCGAAGCUGUCAGACAGUUGGACCGGGAUCUCCAUGGCUCAGGAGGGAACUAGCCCGGGAUGGAUCAAGGGCCUUAAAAGACAGCGAUCUAUGUGCAUCCUAAUCCCUGGGCUGUUUUGCAAACUGUCUCAGCCUCAAACCCAGCCGCCCAGCUUCACUUCGCAAUGGGGUUCCUCCUCCGGGCCCUGCCUGGUGCUGCAGGGCUCUGGGUUUGGGGAUGGCGGUGUCCGGCCGGGAGAGGGGGCUGUGGGGCUCGGGUUCGAAUCCUGCUUUCGCUGUAGGGCCUUCCCCUCGCUUGGGCCGGGCCUCCUUCCUGUUCCUCGCUGUAGGUGGAGGGACUGUGCUCCUCCGCCCCUCGGGAAUUCUGGAGAGGAGGUGAGAGCCAGGAAGGCCUAACCGACCUCACCCGGGCUCCCUGCUUCCUAGGAGCCAGGAGUCUCGCCCCCUUUUUCCUUCCAAGCUUUGAACGCCUGUACUCGGUGCACGUUACACCGUGGCGAUGAAUAAACCGCGAAGAGAGGC